AGCUAUUGCCCUUUGUUUUUGUUUCUUUUUCUGUAACCCUCCCAAUCCCAUCCCAACAAUAAGAGGAUGGAGCUUGGACAUUUACGUUCAAGGCCAUUUUGGUCAUUAAUCCUCUUAGCCUUCCUUCUCCUAUGCAUGAACUGCAUUGGAAUCGGAUCCCCCGUCUUAAGAAACGAGACGGAUAGACUGGCCUUGGUCUCAUUCAAGGAUCUGAUAUCUGAAGAUCCAUUCGGGUUCUUCAACUCUUGGAACGAUUCCCUCCAUUUCUGCAACUGUGAAGGAGUCACAUGCAGUCGACGUCAUCCUCAAAGGGUCACCUCCUUAAAUCUUGUGUCCACCAGAUUGGUGGGGUCCAUAUCACCUCGCGUAUCAAACCUCACUUUCCUCAGGAGUAUCAACCUCUCGAGCAACAGCUUCCAUGGCGAAAUCCCACCUGAAAUCGGCCUUCUCUUCCGGCUUCGGCAUCUUGAUCUUAGUUAUAAUGGGCUGCAAGGAGAAAUCCCUGAGAACCUGUCCAACUGCACAGAAAUCAGAUCCAUCCUUUUACAGUAUAACAAGCUCGAGGGGAGUAUUCCUGUCAAGCUUAGCUCUCUGUCAAAGCUCAUGUUAUUGGAUCUUGGUCGUAACAAUCUCAUCAGCAACAUUCCACCACCAAUCGGGAACCUCUCGUCUCUUGUUUCUCUCAACUUAUAUGAAAAUAUUUUAGAAGGAAGCAUUCCAAAUGAGUUAGGCCAGCUAAUGAAGUUACAAUUUCUUCGAAUCUCCUCAAAUAAACUGUCGGGUCUGAACCCACCAUCGCUUUACAACCUCUCAUCCAUUGUUCGUUUCUUAGUGGCAGCUAACCAACUUUAUGGAAACAUUCCAGCCAGUUUGGGUCUCACCCUUCCUAAUCUCAAAUAUCUUUUGCUAGGAGGAAAUGCAUUUACAGGAUCGAUGCCAGUUUCAUUACCCAAUGCUUCAGGACUUGUUGCUGUUGAUUUUUCUUCUAGUUAUUUUAGUGGACCCUUGCCUGAAAAUUUGGGAAGACUACAUGAUCUUCGUAUUCUAAAUAUACCUCGUAAUAAGUUUGGAGGUGGAGAAGGUGACAAUGACUUGAGUUUCCUCACUUCUUUAACUAAUUGUAGCUGUUUGGAAUUUUUAGUGGCAUCUACCAAUCAGCUAAGAGGAACACUACCAGACACCAUCGUCAAUCUCUCUACCCACCUAACAGUAUUAGGGUUAGGAGGAAACCCGAUAUACGGAAGCAUCCCAACAGAUAUUAGCAAUCUCUUCAACUUAAAUCGUCUAGGUAUAUUUGGGAGCUUUGUCAUGGGUACCAUUCCUAUUGGUGUUGGGAAGCUUCAAAAUUUGCAAGGUCUGUAUUUGUACAGCAACAGACUUUCUGGACGAAUUCCAUCCUCCAUUGGCAAUAUCACUGGAUUGGUUAUACUCGCUUUAUAUGGAAAUCGUUUGCAUGGAAGAAUCCCUUCGAGUCUUGGAAACUGCCGUCAUCUUCAACGAUUAGUCCUCUUUGCAAAUGAGCUCAACGGUACCAUUCUGAAAGAGGUUCUAAGUAUUCCUUCCCUGAUCGGACUUUAUAUAGAUGAUAAUUUUUUAGUUGGAUCUUUACCAUUGGAAGUUGGUAAUAUGGAACAACUUCAAGAAUUAUAUGCUGUUAACAACAAAUUGAUGGGUGAAAUUCCUAGCGAGCUAGGAAAUUGUCUGAACCUGAAAAUCCUUAAUUUGAGCAAUAAUUUCUUUCAAGGAGCCAUUCCUCCGGAUUUGAAGAACUUGAAAAGUAUUGAAAUCCUAAAUUUUUCUCAUAAUAACUUGUCUGGGCAUAUUCCAGUAGCUCUGGAGGAAAUUCCAUUUCUGGAGUACUUGGAUUUGUCAUCCAAUGAUCUUGAUGGUGAAGUCCCACAGCAAGGGAUCUUCAAAAAUUCCAGUGCAUUUUCAGUUCUUGGAAACAAGAGGCUUUGUGGAGGUAUCCCACGAUUACAGCUGCCUGCGUGCCUGAAGAAAGAUUCUAAGAAACAUGGAAGGUCUAUUUCUCUUACAGUAAUAUUCUCGGUGAUCGGUGCAGUUUUAGGUUUGAUUCUUUUAUCAUCUCUCUUUGUUACUCUUUAUCGGGCGAGAAGAAAGGCCAGCAAGAACCCUUUGCCUGCAUCUUUCCUAGAGAGUAAAUACUUAAAUGUUUCUUACGCGGAUCUCUUUAAAGCAACUGGUGAGUUCUCUUCAGAUAAUUUGAUUGGCGAAGGAAGUUAUGGUUCUGUAUAUAAAGGAAUUCUAGAUCGAGAUGAGACACUUGUUGCAGUGAAAGUUCUCAAUCUUCAUCAACAAGGAGCUUCAAGGAGUUUCCUUGCUGAAUGUGAAGCCUUGAGAAAUAUCCGGCACCGGAAUCUAGUUAAAAUCAUAACUGCUUGCUCAAGCAUCGAUUUUAAAGGCGAUGAUUUCAAAGCUCUACUGUUUGAGUACAUGCCUAAUGGGAGUCUAGAGAAAUGGUUGCAUCCAAAUGUACAUGGGCAAUAUGAAAUGCGGAGCUUGAACCUUAUUCAAAGAUUAGAUAUAGCCAUUGAUGUCGCCUCUGCAUUGGAGUAUCUUCAUCACCAUUGCGGCACACCGGUCAUCCAUCGUGAUCUAAAACCGAGCAAUGUUCUACUGGACGAUGACAUGUGUGCCCAUGUGGGUGAUUUUGGAUUAGCAAGGUUCCUUUCUAAUGCUGCCGGUAAUACCUGUCAAGAUCAAACCAGCACAACUGGUAUCAAAGGAUCUGUUGGUUAUAUUCCUCCAGAGUAUGGAAUGGGCGGAAAGGCAUCUACAAAUGGAGAUGUCUACAGUUAUGGUAUCCUUCUUUUAGAGAUGUUCACGGGAAAAAUACCAACUGAUGACAUGUUUAAAGACGAUCUAAGCCUCCAUCAAUUUGUUAAGAUGGCUUUACCUGAUCAGGUGAUGGAGAUUGUAGACCCGCGACUGCUCGAAGACGUUCAAGCACUGAACAAUGGAGAACGACAACGCAUUGCGAGGACCAAAAUGAGAGAGUCUUUGGCUUCUGUAGCCAAAAUUGGCAUCUCAUGUUCUGUAGAAUCUCCAAACGAGAGGAUGCAAAUGAGAGAGAUUGUCAAAGAAAUGCAUGCAAUAAGGGACUUAUAUCUUGGGGAUGGGAUUCACCCAGAUCAGCAAAAUAGGGAUCGAUUGUUGGGCGAAGGUUCGUCGUAUCUUAGUUAUUAUUAACAAGUUGUGGCUAGUCAUGGAAUGGAGGAUACAAUAGGUGUGGAUUAAGAUGCUCAUCCCACUAAGGGUUAAGUGAAGUUUGUAUGCAUCCAGUGGCUGUUGGGUGGUGUUAAGUCAGUUCUUUUCUAUGUUUUGAUCUUCUCUGUGUUUUUCAGCAUGUGUUUGCUUUGUUUAGUGGUUUUGUAGUGGAGGGGUUAGUUGGUUUGGCACCCCUUCGUAGAUGUAAAUGGUUUCUUUUUUUUCACAUCAAUAAAAUUACAAGUAGUGUGCUCCUACUCCCACCUUUCAGGGAAAAGAAAAAGAAGAAGAGAAGAUACUUAGUAGUUGAAAGUUGCACUAUGAGUUUUAUUUAUUUUUUCACCUUUGUAUUCCUCAUCUCU